UUACAGUUAUAUUAAUACGUUUUUAAUGAUGUAAAAUACCAAUGGAGUAAAAAAAAUAUCUGAAGUAACUUUCAAAACAUAUGAAUGCGCAUCUCUUAUAUACACCCAUCACGCACUUCCCACAGCUAUCUACAGCUCCCAUUUAAUGCUUUCGUAUACUGCCACCAACAUUAUCAGAAGACGAAUUCGCAUUCGCAACUGCAUCAUCACCUUCAACCGCUAUUUCCGCAUUACUAAAUACAAUAAAUCCAAUACACAUGAGAUCAUAAACUUACUGCAACUGCAUAUGUACGAUCGACUAUGGAUCGCAGCAAAAAUAAUAGUUUAGAAUUUGGUAAGAACUCAGCGGCGUCGGCCGCCAAUGCAGGCGCAAUGUCAGCACCCUGGGCGAAUAAUAAGGAGUCUGCGUCACAGCCGAAUGAGGAUGAUUCGCCGGAGGAUGACGCUGAUACUGCCACACCAGCAAAGGUUACCGAUCCAUUGGCGCCAAAACUGGCCAAUAAUGAGCGCGUGCUCGUCGUUUCCGUCACAGAGCGCACCCGUGAGACGUGGAGUCAGAAAGCGGAGUUCUUAUUAGCAGUCAUUGGUUUCGCUGUCGAUUUGGGUAAUGUUUGGCGCUUUCCCUAUAUUUGCUAUCAAAAUGGCGGCGGUGCUUUCCUCAUACCCUACUGUGUGAUGCUGAUAUUUGGAGGCUUGCCGCUCUUCUAUAUGGAACUGGCGUUGGGUCAAUUUCAUCGUUGCGGUUGUUUGAGUAUUUGGAAGCGCAUUUGCCCGGCACUUAAAGGUGUCGGUUACGCCAUUUGUCUAAUUGAUGUUUAUAUGGGAAUGUACUACAACACUAUAAUCGGCUGGGCGGUAUAUUAUUUAUUUGCAUCGUUUACCUCAACACUUCCAUGGACGUCAUGUGGCAAUUCAUGGAAUACCAAUAGUUGUAUGCCGGUGACGAAUGAGAAUUUCACCGACAAGGCGACCACACCAGCAAAGGAGUUCUUCGAACGCAUGGUGCUGGAGCAAUACAAAUCGGAUGGCCUGAAUUAUAUGGGGCCGAUAAAGCCCACAUUGGCUUUGUGCGUUUUUGGUGUAUUUAUUUUGGUAUACUUUUCGCUGUGGAAAGGUGUGCGCAGUGCAGGCAAAGUUGUGUGGGUGACGGCGUUAGCGCCCUAUGCAGUGCUCUUCAUAUUGCUAGUGCGCGGCGUCUCUUUACCGGGUGCAAUGGAGGGUAUUCGGUACUAUUUGACGCCAGAGUGGCAUAAAUUGAAGAACUCAAAGGUUUGGAUCGAUGCGGCUUCACAGAUAUUUUUCUCUCUGGGGCCUGGUUUUGGAACAUUGCUCGCAUUAUCGAGCUACAAUAAGUUUAACAACAAUUGCUAUCGGGACGCGCUGAUCACGAGUAGUGUGAACUGCUUGACCAGUUUCCUUGCGGGCUUUGUCAUAUUUUCUGUACUAGGGUAUAUGGCACAUGUGCAGAAAACUUCGAUCGAUAAAGUCGGACUGGAGGGCCCUGGUCUCGUGUUCAUAGUCUACCCGGAAGCGAUUGCCACUAUGAGCGGUUCGGUAUUUUGGUCCAUAAUUUUUUUUCUUAUGCUGAUCACGCUGGGCUUGGAUAGUACAUUUGGUGGAUUAGAGGCGAUGAUAACGGCACUCUGUGAUGAAUAUCCUCGGGCCAUCGGACGCCGGCGGGAACUUUUCGUGCUGCUGCUCUUGGCUUGCAUCUACCUGUGCGCCCUGCCCACUAUGACUUAUGGCGGCGUUUUCUUGGUUAACUUUUUGAACGUUUAUGGACCUGGUCUUGCCAUAUUGUUUGUCGUAUUCGUGGAAGCAGCUGGCGUUUUUUGGUUCUAUGGCGUCGACCGUUUUUCAGAGGACGUGGAACAGAUGUUGGGCAUUAAACCAGGCAUUUUCUGGCGCAUCUGUUGGACUUACAUAAGUCCGGUAUUUUUAUUGGGCAUUUUUAUAUUCUCCAUACUCGGCUAUGAAGAUAUGUUGGGCGAGGAAUAUCAAUAUCCCGAAUGGAGCAUCAAAGUCGGCUGGGCCGUCACUUGUUCCUCGGUGCUCUGUAUACCCAUGUACAUCAUCUACAAAUUCGUAUUUGCGUCCAAGGGUGACUGUAGAACGCGUUAUCGCAACAACUUCAAAGUACCACCACGGUGCGGGUCAGUGUUGCCGGGACAGCAGGGCACCACGGUGUGACAUGAUUCAGCA